CAUCGUCGUCCGCACGCGACUCGCGCGCACCUUUCCCCGCCUCCGGCCGCGACAACCAGUGCUACUCAAAUAAACACCUGUGAUAGUGACAUGGUUUUGUGCCCAUAUCGGAUUCCGUUACGGUGUCAUUAAAAACGGCGUGUGUGUAGUGCUGUGCGCCGCAGGAGCGGUGAUGCGCCGCGCGCGCCGGCGAUCGACACAUGCAUGCCGCCCGCGCACCCGGUGUGGUUGUGAUGUCAUGGUGGUGUGCGCUCGCGGUGGUCGCGCUGGCGGCGCCCGCCCGCCCCGCGCCCCGGGCGGGCAACGGUGAGCAAUUUUACAGUUACCAGAUGUCUCGCAAGUCUUGCACAGCGGGGGGAGCGCGAGGGGCGUGCAUGUGGGUGCAAGAGUGCAACCGGGCAGGCGGCACCCACGCGGGGGUGUGUGUCGACGGAUUUAUGUUCGGGUCCUGUUGUCGACUACCCGACAAACCGCUUUAUGUCGAAGAGACACACAGUUCUGUCACACUGACGGACCGGCCGUACUCAGCGCCAUCUAGCGGCGCGCACAGCACAACGCAUCAAGCGCCAGAAUCAUCUACACAAACCAUCGCGCGGCCCAACACACAAACGCAACGGCCGUCAUUCAUGACCAAGCCGAUAGAUGGCGCACCCUACAGUUACAGGCCGCCCGAAAUCAAUUUACCUUCCCUAGGAAAUUUAGAUUCAAAUAGCGAACAAAAUAGUGAUAUAGUUAAUAAAAUAACUUAUAACAGUGUAAAUAAGUACCAAAAUGUAAAUAGGCCGAGCGGUGAAGUGGAAACUAGUCCCCACAAUAAGAUUUCGUCUAGUCUUAGCAUAAUACCUGGCGCGCGGCCCAUGGCCGUCUCUGAGCAACAUGUUGACAACAGCAUCCCUUCAGGUAAGACCCAAUUCAUGUCGCGGCCGAGCAACCUUAACACGAUCCAUUGGCAGGCGACGACAGAACCAUCAUUUAUCACGAAGCCUCGUCCAAACUGGGAGAAGCCUGCAGGGAAGCCGAAACCCACAAAGAAGUUCACAACGACUACAAGCAAGCCACACAAGAACUAUGUGAAGCCUAAGGACCCGUCUUCGAAUAUGAUCAACAAGACGGACGAAGCGACCCUCGCGCCGAUUCAAACCACCGCGGCUACUAGUACUGUUGAAUGUGGAGUAACAUCAAUGUGGCCACGUCCAGAGACCAGGAUAAUGGGCGGCAAGGACUCUAGUUUCGGCAGAUGGCCAUGGCAGGUGUCCGUUAGAAGAACCUCCUUCUUUGGCUUCUCAUCCACUCACCGGUGCGGUGGAGCCAUCAUCAAUGAAGGCUGGAUAGCCACUGCUGGACAUUGUGUUGAUGACUUGCUGACGUCCCAAAUAAGGAUAAGGGUUGGCGAAUACGACUUUUCAUCAGUUUCCGAACAAUAUCCUUUCGUCGAACGCGGAGUUGCUAGAAAGGCAGUUCAUCCGAAAUACAACUUCUUCACUUACGAAUAUGAUCUGGCUCUGGUCAAACUAGAGUCUCCAGUUCAGUUUGCGCCUCAUAUAUCGCCAAUUUGUCUACCAGCUACCGAUGAUUUAUUGGUGGGAGAGAAUGCAACUGUCACUGGAUGGGGACGGUUGUCUGAAGGAGGCGUGCUGCCUUCAAUUUUGCAAGAGGUGCAAGUACCGAUAGUGUCAAAUGAGCGCUGCAAGUCCAUGUUUCUGCGAGCCGGCCGUCACGAGUUCAUCCCCGACAUCUUCCUAUGUGCGGGCCACGAGCGGGGUGGCCACGACUCCUGCCAGGGGGACUCGGGGGGGCCUCUGCAGGUCAAAGGCAAAGAUCAGAGGUACUUCCUAGCUGGCAUCAUAAGUUGGGGCAUCGGUUGUGGAGAGGCCAACCUACCAGGCGUGUGCACAAGGAUAUCUAAGUUCGUACCUUGGAUAUUACAAACUGUGAACUCGACCUGAAAUGUUCAAAAUUGAACGAAGAAAGUGUUGAAGACAGUGAACAAGUGUACUUUAAAACAGACGAUGAAUCGAUACGAAAGACGAUACGAGUUAAAAUUAAGUGCAAGUUACCUUCAAAAAUGUUGAUGAAUGUCAACGUUUUCUGAGGCGUUGCGUAGUCCACGGGAGGCUAUACAGAGCUUGCUUUCUGUACCAUCCCUACGAAGCUUUAGUGAUAUAUCAGGCUUGGACUAUUAUAAACGCCCUAAACGACUGCUCGUUUAAAGUUUUAGACGCAUUUUGUACUGGUGCCCAUGUACUUAUUGUACAACUUAUGUAAAUAAAAGUACUAUUUAUCAAUUACUUCACAUAAAACGUUACGAUUUUGUAAAUAAUCUUGCUUAAUACUCUUGCCUUUGAUUAAGUUUUGUAUCUUAUUUACAGUAUUAUUUACUCAUUGUUAUACCUUUUUACGCAUAUUCUGUGUUUUUGUAAAUAAUUCUGUAACCUUAGCUAUUAGUUCUAUAACUGCCUUAGUUUUAAACACUGUAACCUUUCUAAACUUAGUUUGUGUAUAUGCUAUAAUAAUAUUGAUUUUGUUAUGUGAGGAAAUGAAAUUACCAAAUCACUGAUUGUUGACAUACUUCCCUAGUGAUUCAGCGAAGAGAAAUGUUUUAUUAUGUAAAGAAUUUUGUUUGAAUGAAUAGUUUAUGAUGUCGUUGACUAAAUAUGUUCGUUUGCACAGUAACGUUGUUAAUGAUUAAAUAUUGAAAUAUUUUACUAA